GUUUUUUUUUUUUUUGGAGCAAGAGGCAGAUCAAUAAAAGAGGGUUGUAUUAUGGAGAAGUGGAGAGGUCUAUAAUAAAAUUGUUAAUUAGGUAAAAAGAGAAAAUGUUGGAAAGUAAUUAAUAACGAAUAAUGGAGAAGUGUAUGCUGAAUAAAAAGAACUGUCGGAAUAAAUAUCGGAGAGCUUUUUGGCCAAAUUUAGUAUUGUAUUGCGAGUUAAGGAGUUUUAUUGUUUUAUAAUUUAUAGGUUGUAAACAGAAAAGCUGAACCGAGGGAAGCUCUAAAAGAAUUUGGAGAAAUAUAAAAAUAAGGAAAGGCGAGCUUUUGUGAUAUGGCUAAAGUAAAAGGGGGAAGUGUUGUGUCCCGUCGCAGCCCGUAACAAUCACUAGUAGGUUCUUCUGGCAUUUCCAAGUCAAAAGAGGGUAAAUUCAAGAAGAAUUUUUUUAAGGCCAAGAAGGACACGGAUCCUCCAAACGUCCCUCCAGUGGAAUAUUGGUGUAGGGCACCUUUCUUUGGUGCCAUUGAUUUGUUUUGGGCGAGGGUGGAUUUAUUUGAUGACAAUGGCGGUGUCCCGACUGAUUCGACUGAUUUCCUUCUUGGUGGGGUUGAGCCAGAAAAAGGGGUUGAAGCUUUUGUUCCUCCAGAGUCUAUCGUACGUUUUCAUGUGGAAAGGGGCACUUAUCCGUAUUCUUUUCCAGCUUUUGAGGAUUAUACGGGGCCUAAAGAUGACUUUGAUAUCUGGAGCGCAGCUAUCUUCCGUCAUCCCUCAUAUUGUGAGGUGCUUGCUGGAGCUAGGAUUGCUACUGCUAUUUCUCAGUGUAUGCGAAUUAGACGGGAGCCAUCUUGGUUGGAGUUCGCAUUGUCACGUUGGAGUUCAAGUUCUCAUACUUUUAUUGCACAGUGGGGCGAGACGACCCCUACUCUAGAGGAUGUAGUUGUUUUGACGGGGUUAGAGCAUCUUGGAUCGGCGAACCCUAGCGUGGGAAGUUUGUCCCUUAGCCAGAUGGCUAUUGUUGGGAGAUUGGAGGAGGCCGUGGCACCGGCAGGCAAGUUAUUAAGUCGUUAUCAAAAUAAAGUGUUAGUAACAUCUCGAUCACGAAAACGCCCAAAAAACACUUUCGGGGGAUGGCUUCGGUACUGGUUUCGAGAUCUUAGCCAUCAGGUGCAAGGAAAUGCGGAGGAUGGAUUCAUAGGUCCAGGGAUGGAAGGGGACAAGUGGGGGAGUAUUGAGCAUUUAGCUGCUUUCAUUACAUAUUGGUUGUCGCGGUAUGUCUUGAUGGGUAGACCCCAAGACGGUAUUUGCCAUGAGCUCUUUCCUCUUGCUGCCAUUCUUGCUUCCGGCCGUCCGAUUCCGUUGGCUCCUUUAUUUUUGGGGGGACUGUAUAGGAGGUUAGAUAUGUAUCAGGAGGGUGUUGAUCGUUCCAAAGGACGAUACGAUGUUACCAGCUUCCUUCCUACUACCUUUCUACAGUUGUUUUUGUAUGAGAGAUUUCCCAGCUUGGCCCCUGUGCCGAAGGUGUUUUCCAUUGAAGAAAAUGAGCCGCGUUCUGCUAGGUGGGCUGAGGGAUGUGUACAGGGGAGUUUGGCCAGCAUUUUUGAUUUUGAGGACAAGUUUGUUGCUCGUCCUUAUGUUAUGCCAGUUUGUGGAGUAUCUUCCACCGUUGCCUAUCGCCUAGAUGAUUGCGAGCUUGUUCUCGAGCCGGGUGUGUCUUAUUUGGGGGAUGCGGAUUCAGCGAUGGUUCUUAGCACCGUUUCUGGGUAUUUACCCUAUUUUCUGGAUGGCACAUACGGUGUGGUGGCCUAUUAUCCGUUGAGGGUUGCUCGACAGUUUGGUUUGGACCAAGGGGUUCCUCAACAUCUUUCUUCUCCUGCGCCUUCGGCCGCCGACUGUAUGCAACUAUAUGUAUACUCUUUCCUUUCAGAAGAAUUAAGGCGUCGGGGGCGGGUUGUGCUAGCAAGUAAGGGUAGAAUUGGCGGAACCACCCCUAGUUGGAAGAAGUAUUGGAGAUGCAAUCUUGCAUUAUUUCGGGCUUUUUUGAGUAGUGAUCUUGAUCCUGUCCAUGUUGAGCUCAUUCCGUCUGAUGACCCUGAGUUAUGUAUGGCUCGCGGAGAUCGGGGCUUGUCAGCUGCAGAUAGGGGGGAACUCAGCCCAUUGGCUCGUUUAUCUAAGGUGACUAUUGCUUUGGAACAAUCCCAGAUAGUUUCUCCUGACCGACCAUCUAGUGCCAAGCGUAAAAGGCCACCCCCUUCCUCCGUUCUUGUUCCAGUGCCUGGGAGAGUACCUCCACAGAUUAGAGGUAUAGGUCCGCCUACUAAAACCAGGAUUGCCCGCCAAGCGAGGGGUUGCUCGACUGACACCAUUGAUUCGUCACAGGGGUCGGCUGGCGCGUGUCAAAUAAAAUUGGUACGGCAUAAAGUCUUGCCCAUAGGUGCUGAGGACGAUGUAGAAAAUUCAGAUGAUGAUGAAGAGGGUUCGGAUCAGAGUCUUGAGGUUAUGGGGGCAAGAGAUGAUGUUGAAGACGAUGUUGGAUGUGAUAUGGUUAGUGCUAGGCCUUCUUUGUUAGAUACAUCAAGUUCUAGGGAUG